UGGAGCCUCGCUCCAAUCAGAUUAGUGGAUCACGCACUUGCUAACAACAAACAAAAGCUCUAUCGGCCGAUGUCAGGCUGUAGCUAGUAAUCAAGUUCAUUGUGUCGGUCAAAUCAGUUGUUUUUUUUUAAACUGUAAACAUAUUCUUCCUCACGCUGCUGAAUAUAUUGAAUUCAUUUUAGUCAUAGAUUAUUUAUAACGUCGUCUUUCUCUUAAGCUAGUUGGCUAGCUAGCUAGCUUGCUAGUUUGAUUUUAAUAUAGAGCGAGCUAGCUAGCUAAAAACAAUCCGAUCGCCAUGUCCGGGCAGUCUUCAGGCUGUGGGUUUCUGAUGUCGGUUGUGGUUCACGGGGACUCGGCUCUCAACGAGCAGGAGAAAGAACUGAACCAACGACUCAGACGGCUUUACCCAGCUGUAAAUGAGCAGGAAACCCCGCUCCCCCGAUCCUGGAGCCCCAAGGACAAGUUCAGUUACAUCGGUCUCUCCCAGAACAAUCUUCGAGUACAUUAUAAAGGUCACGGGAAGACCCCAAAAGAUGCCGCCUCAGUACGAGCAACACACCCCAUCCCAGCAGCCUGUGGGGUUUACUACUUUGAAGUGAAGAUUAUUAGCAAAGGAAGGGAUGGGUAUAUGGGAAUCGGCCUCUCGGCUCAAGGGGUCAAUAUGAACCGGCUCCCAGGUUGGGACAAGCACUCGUAUGGUUACCAUGGAGACGACGGCCACUCGUUCUGCUCCUCAGGCACCGGGCAGCCCUACGGCCCCACGUUCACCACCGGUGAUGUCAUUGGCUGCUGCGUCAACCUCAUCAACAACACCUGCUUCUACACAAAGAAUGGUCACAGUCUAGGUAUUGCUUUUACAGAUUUACCGCCCAACCUCUACCCCACUGUGGGCCUGCAGACACCAGGAGAGGUCGUGGAUGCCAAUUUUGGCCAGCAUCCGUUUGUCUUCGACAUCGAGGACUACAUGCACGAGUGGCGGACGAAGAUCCAGGCGCAGAUUGACAGGUUCCCCAUCGGAGAACGUGAGGGCGAGUGGCAAACUAUGAUCCAGAAAAUGGUCGCCUCGUACCUGGUCCACCACGGCUACUGCGCCACCGCCGAGGCUUUUGCUAAGUCCACAGACCAGGCGGUGCACGAGGAGCUGGCUUCCAUCAAAAACAGACAAAAGAUCCAGAAGCUGGUCUUGGCUGGAAGAAUGGGGGAAGCCAUUGAGACAACACAGCAGCUUUACCCUAGUCUACUAGAAAGAAAUCCUGACCUCUUAUUUAUGUUAAAGGUGCGACAGUUUAUAGAGAUGGUGAAUGGCACAGACAGCGAGGUGCGGUGCCUAGGCGGGCGCAGCCCGAAGUCCCAGGACAGCUACCCUGGCAGCCCUCGGCCCUUCGGCAGCCCCACCCUGAGCCCCAGCCACAGCACCAGCAUCCACAGCCUGUCCUCUUCCGCCAAGCUCAGCAGCUCCCACUCCUACCAGCCAGGCUUUGACAGCAGCUGCAGCAACGGAGUGAUGUCCAGCAAGCCCCACUGUCACAAGCAGUCCCCUCCCACCCUCUCCAAGACUGAGCUCAACAGUUUAAAUUGCACCAGGAGCCAGCAGGCCAACAGCUGCCCCAGUGAUGUGGAUAUGGAGAUGGAUCACUAUAGCAAUGGCGUGACGGAGUCCUCGUCCAAUGGCUUCUUGAAUGGCAGCUCUAAACACGGAGCGGAACUGGAGGACUGUGAGGCAGAGAUGGAGGUGGACCUAUCCCAGCUGAGGCGGCAGCUGUGCGGUGGCAGCCAAGCGGCCAUCGAGCGGAUGAUCCAUUUCGGCCGGGAGCUGCAGAGCAUGAGCGAGCACCUGCGCCAGGAGUGCGGCAAGAACUCCGCCAACAAGAAGAUGCUGAAGGACGCGUUCAGCUUACUGGCAUACUCAGAUCCGUGGAGCAGUCCAGUCGGUUACCAGCUGGACUCCAUACAGAGGGAGCCGGUGUGUUCCACCCUCAACAGUGCAAUACUAGAGACUCACAACCUGCCGAAGCAGCCCCCCCUGGCCCAGGCCCUUGGCCAGGCCUCCCAGUGCUUGUCAAUCAUGGCCCGCUCCGGCAGCGGAUCCUGCGCCUUCGCCGCUGUGGAGGACUUCCUGCACUAGCUAUGCAAAAGCUCCAGCUGCCGUGCCGGACUCUUACAACACACGGAGACGGAAAAACCCCUGUGCCAGAGGAACGGACCACCUUGUCUUUUUAAUUAAUGACAUACUGGGGACAGGAUCUGAUUGUUGCUUAACUUCUGUUUCCAAGUUUACAAGGCAUGGUGCAAAUUACUAUUGCUGUCUUUAUAAUAAUUAUCAUUAUUAUUAUUAUUAUUAUUUGCCUCUUGCAUAUAAAAUGUAUUUGUUCUCAUUUUGAAAACUAGUGUGGUGCAUGCCACCAAUAAAUAAAGGCCCCAAAAAAAAUGUCACCCUACAAGUCACAUGGCAUUCCAAGAAUCGUUUUGUAGGACCAUGUACAUAUACCUCAAGAAUGGUAUAUGUCUCCG